AUACAUUGCGAAAUAUUUUGCACUUGCAACUUAUCCUACUUUGGAUGUCUAAAGAGAUCAGAUUAAAAUACGAAUAGUAGUUUCGAAAUGAAUUAAUAACUAUAAGACAUUACUAGUAGACAUCAACUCUGUGCUUGUGGCACUACGCAAGCACUUCAGCCAAGCCCAGACACGUCAACAGAGAAGGUUAUGGGAGGUGUGUGCGCACUUAAGUCUGUGUGGACACAUGAGGUGUGUCUGAGAAGUGAGCCAUGUCAGAACUUGCCUACCUGGUCCUGCAGUCGCACAUUAAUGUACACACCCCACACACACCUACACUAACUAAGCUGCAGUCCAGCACUCUUGGUCUCUCAACUCAGUUCUCCGAGCUACAGUAUGUCUAUCCUGAUCUACUUCAGCAGUGCCGGUGGCUCUAGAGAGGUGAAGCAGCAACAGCAGCAAAUCUUCCAGUUCCUCGAGUCAAAGAUGAUAAAAUACCGUACUGUCGACAUCACGCAGGAUCCUUCCAUGAAGGAGGAGAUGAGGAAGAAGGUGGGCAGUCCCACAGCCAUGCCCCCUCAGGUCUUCAGUGGGGAUAUGUACUGCGGGGACUUUCAGGCAUUCUUUCAGGCAGUGGAAGAGGAGAAAGGAGAAGCCUUCUUUAAACUCUAAAGCCAAAAGAUUGUCUUUGUGGAACAGAAAGAUUCAAAGAUGCCACCUGAAAUAAAUGUGUACAUAUACAUUUAAAAUAUAUACACAAGCACAUUGCUUGUUCAGCUGAUGAAGAACCUCUCUGGAAACCUUGUGUAUCUGAUAUGUGAUUUUAGAGUGAGCAACAAUUGUGUUUAAUGGAAGACCCUGUAUUUCCUAGGUAGUUGUGCUUAUGGAAUGUUUUUGGUAUAGAUGGUGUUUAGAGAUGCACUAAAAUAUUUGUUACUUUCUUCAAGCAUUUUCAAAAUAUAUUAUUUGCGCAUUCUGCAAAAGGUUUUAUAUUAUUCACGUACAAAGUCAGGAGAACACAAUUAUAUUUAUCUGGAAACAGCCUGUAACUACACCAGUGAAGUGUUGCCAGGUGUUAAGUGUUGCACUGACCUCUGCAUCUGAUAUGAUCUCACAUGGAAUUUAGCAGCGUGUGAUUGGUUAAAUGCAAUAAAUCUCA